CUCACUGUCAACACAGAGGGGGCCCUGAUUCACUCUCCCUUCCUAUCUCAGAACACAGUCUGAGGCUCACCUCCAGAAGUUACCGUCAAGCAUGAUGAGACCUAAGGAUCUGCGUCAGGGCUCUGGCACCAAGACCUUCCUGGACGCCAUGCACGAUGGCAAAGUGCACCUGGCGCGCUUCGUCCUGGAUGCGCUGGACAACCGCAUAAUCAACUCCAAGACGGAAAAUGGCCGUACCCCUUUAAUGUUCGCCGUUUGCCUGCAGGACCCCGGGGGUAGGGCCAAGUUUACCCGCCUGCUGCUGGAAAAAGGGGCCGGCGUGAAUUGCCAGGAUGAGCACGGGCGUACCUCCUUGAGCCUGGCCUGUGAGCUGGGCCAUCUGGACGUGGUCAAACUCCUGGUGCAGUUCAACGCGGACCCUGAUGUAUCUGAUGCCUGGGGGAACAGCGCACUGAUGUACGCAGCCUACACCGGCCAUAGCCACGUGUUGGAUUUCCUGGUCAGGGCUUUCAAAAGAAUGGGCCUGAGACUGGACCGCACCAAUCAGGCUGGCCACUCUGCCAUCCAGGUGGCCAACUUCUUUGGGCAUGACCACUGUGUCCAGGCACUGAACUCUGGGAGGAGGGGGGUAGUGUCGGAUGACCCACUAGGGGAGGUCGGAUUUGCGAUGGAGACCGGGACAGAGCGGCAGCAGCCCAACAAGCUCCCCAGGCAGGUUCUGGAGAGGUUCUCUAAACAGUUCCAGAGUCAGGAUGAAGACCAUCUGCCUGGCGUGUUCCAGAGACAGCUGAGGGUCGGGGACAGUAACAAACUGUGGGCGCGCAUCAGAUGCCAGAAUCAGUCUCUAGAUAGAAAUCACCUUGAGCGGGCCCUGUCAGAAGAAGAACAGGAUGACAUAUUCACUCCCAAACAGAUACAGAACCAUAAGCUACGGGACAUGGGGGGGGUUAAAACACUGAGCCAUCACCCAUCGCCAUGCCAGAAAGAUGUCAACAGGCACAGAGGAAUGAAACAGGAGGAGCCAGAGAGUAUUCCACUCUGGGACAAAGCAAAGCCAUUUAACCUGGACCUCCUUAGCUGCAGAAAGCAGUCCUACCAGGGUGAUGUGUGUGACAUGAGCCUAUCAGGCAGGAAAUUAAAGAGAGCCUCGCUGCAGGACGAGAGAUCCCUGAUAGCAAAGAUUGAAUGUCAAAAGAGCACCUGGGAGGUGACAAACGACACUGACAAAUCCGUCACGGCACCAAAAGCACUUUUAAUCGGUAUAAAUAAAUCUCAGAGAGCACCCGAGGAUUCCAUCAGGGCGCCAAAAAAUGAUAAUAAUGACGUCGAUCAAACAAGCAGGAGAGGGAGUCAGAAGCGUGGCAGCCUCCCACCGAACGGGCGACUCAACAAACUCCUCUUCCACAGAGCAGAGAUGGAGCCGGAGAAGAUUCCUGUCCGUCCACCGGGGUUCACCGGGCUGGGGACCAGAUUACUGCGGCGAUUCACUGCCCCCGAGUUCAUGAGACUGGUAAUUGACUGUUCCUCCGGUUCCUCACAGGGCAGAGGGAGGAUGUCCCGGUCCGAGACUUUUCCCUUUUCACACACGCACCAGAGAGUUAACAGUCAGCCAAGCGUGGACAGCAUUAGCGGGGUGAAGUGUGAAUUUGAGAGCACUUCCCAAGUUGUCUCCCUGGAGUAACAGGGAAACCAAUUGUUCAAUUUGAAGAAUUAGGAGAAGUCGAUUUGAUAAAGCACUUUAGAUUCCACAUGUUCAAGCAGUGUGGUACAUUAUCUCCUUUAUUCUUAGAUUGUAAAAUAACGAUAAUCCUAUAGCUCUAUCGUGUUUCUUCAGUCUAAUGAACAUAGUCCAUUGCUUUGUCUGUCGAUUCAGUCAUGUGCUAUAUGCGUCAAUCGUAAUGAUGGCAGUGUCGAUUUUAUUUGUCAAAAAUAAUGUUAUAUUAUACUAUUAUACUAUGGAAUAUGUAGUCUAUAUUCUAGGUAAGCCUGUCAUGUAUAAUUAUUUACAAUGAAUCAUGAUGUUAAUAUGCACAAGCUAUGCUAUGUGACUUGUCAUAUAUUUAUUAAAAUAUAAAAA